AACAGCUGUUUCCUUUCUCUGAGGUAUCCAUCCGUACGAUGUAUCUCAGCCUAGGCACUGAAUGACUCUCAAAGGAUCUCCGAGUUACAGUCGUGGGCAUGGCCGCAUCAUGCACCCUCCAAUAACCGCCCCCAAACGCGGUAGCGUCGCAUUUUCUCAUCUCUCUCGGCGCCUAUCCUCGUCCCUCCCAUCAAGUGGCCCUGCGAGCCCGCGUGUAUGUAUUGUCUCCCGUACAUGCAGCUUGUCACCCAAAUAUCCGUACUCUGUACCCACACCCCAAGGGUCGCAUAUCCGGUCAGUUGAGGGGAUGAGAUGCAAAGCAAGUAAGACGCAUCGCGUUCGCUUGGCCGCCGUUCAUGCCACCCACCCGCACCGCGCCCCCUUCUCACAUGGACAGCGUUUCCCGGGUCUUCCACCUCCCGGUUUCCCACCCCCAUCUCUGUUAGGUUCCGUCAUGUCUCGGCUCACCUGCCUGGUAGGGCUGGCUCGACGACACAUGCGCCGGCACAACGGGCGCGACUCUUGCAUAUGUGGUCGGUCUGACACAUGAGGCAUGGUAAUCAGUGCGGGCUUGGCCAUCAGGAGGAGUGUUGGGCUCUAGUCAAACUUUCCACCUAGAUCACUUUCAUGGCAUCAGUGUUUGGAGAACAUCUGAACGGAUCGUGG